CCGAUCAUUUUGCGAACUGCCAUAGGUCCGAUCCGAGAUUCGAUAGCUGCCUUCGAGAUGCCAUCAACUCUGUAAGACCCUACUUCAAAACAGGAUUACCGCAAUACGGAGUCAGACCUUUUGACCCUUUCCAUGCUGAUGAGGUGGUGCAGACAAGAGGCGGCCCGGGCUUUAAUUACAAAUUAACAUUGAGGAACGUCACGGAAGCCGGAUGGACGUCCUCUCAGAUAAUGCGAUUCAAGUCCGACUUUAAUAAUAAUUUCAUUGAAUUCUCGCACUUCUUUCCUGAUAAGAAACUCACUGGUUCUUUCGAGUUCGAUGCUGAAAUGUUCGGUAGAAAGAUCAGAAAUAGCGGUAACUGGAAUUUAGUUCUUUACGAUUAUACGCAAAAUAUGAUGGUUACCAGAAAACCAAGAAUGUCCAUGUACGGUGAACCAAUCUUCGACACCCCGUGCAAAGUAAACGUAGACGUGAGGAGCUGUAGGCAUAUGGAAUUACAUGUUUCCCAUCUACUUGGAGGAAGACCAUUAAUGGAAAAUAUCGCAGAUCGAUUGAUUAACGCAGCCUGGCCUCCAGGUUUCUAUCUACUGAGACCCUUGAUUGGUGAUCUGGUCAGCACGGCCUUCACGAAAAUCUUCAACGACAAUUUCAUGAACUUCCCAUUCGACGAACUCAUCAACUGAAUCUAAUAAACAUGAAAUUAAGAUGACUUGCUCAAGACUUUCCCAUAACGGGAAACUCAACGACUGACUAUUACUAGUUUAGAGAAUGAAAGAAAUAGAAAAAAAAAACAAUCGCUUAAAAAUAGAAUUAAUUAUGAAGCGGAAAUGAUAGUCAUUUAACUGAUAAGAUUAAUAGCGUUUAAAUUGCGAAACGGGGAAAAAAAGCAUGUGGACAAGGAGUUCUUGUAUUUUGAGGAAUGGGAU